AUGCGAUCAUCUCUCUACAGCACUCAGCAGCCAGGGCGGCGAGACGAGCAGGGAACCAGCGCGACUCAGGCCCAGUUCGAAGAGGAAGUUAUGCAGGAAAAUGAGGCUCUCUUGAAUGCUCUAGGAAACACCGUGAACCGAAUGAAGGCAACGGCGGGAGCGCUCCGCGAGGAGGCAGAGGGACACAACAAAUUUCUAGACACUGUCAGCAGUGCAUUUUCUAUUGCGAGUGGUGGGGUGAAUCGGUCAGUGCAGCGCAUUGAAGGCGUUAUGGGGCAUUACGGUUGGCGACACACACUCCUCAUAGGCGCUGUGAUUUUUUUCAGUGUGUACUGUGUGUACCUUGUCCUCAAGAGGUGA